AUGGAAACUAUCAGGUUAGUGAGAAAGGACCGACCUCUUCGAAAUCCAUGCUGGUGCAAACUGAGCAAGUUGUUUUCUUCGAGAUGCCGCAUCAGCUCCGCUUUUAUUACCUUUUCCAUUAUUUUGCAACAGAUGCUUGAGAGACUCACUGGUCUGAAACUAUUUGGGGCUGUUCUCCCGCCACCUUUACAAAUGGGGUUUAUAUUUGCUUCCUUCCAGUCGGUAGGGAGAGUCCCGGGUCUCCAUCGAACUUCUGAAAAUCCUGGAAAACGGAGAGGCCAUUUGGUCUGAGAGUUCAUUCAGGAAUUUUGCGAACACGCCGUCCGGACUAGGGGAUUUAGUGGGCUGUAGUUGACUUAAAGUUUUCCUUACCGUGUCUGUUGUGAAGUCCACCGUGCUCAUUGUAUUGUUUGAUUUGACUAUUUGGGGGCAAAAUCUUUCAUCAAAAGCCGGCUCCUUGGUGUACACGGACGUGAAACAACCUUACAAGAGGUUCGGCUUAUCUGAAUUGUCAGACAACGUAUUUCCCUGGCGAUUUUUAGACAGGGAAUGCAGUCCCGGCUGCGUUUUGCAUUAUUUACGUAUCCAAAGAAUUUUUUUGAAUUUUGCGGUAUAUUUUUAAAAGUUUCGGCUCCAAUUCUGCGCGUUCCCUCCUCAACAGGUUCCGACAUACAUUUCUCUGUUUUUUGAAGUCGGCGAAAUGCUCUGGUUGUUGAUAUCUGGCGUACUUUUUCCAAAUUCUCCUUUUCAAUUUAAGGUUCUUCUUUAUUUCCGUAGUCCCACACUGUUGUCGGUAAGUGCGCAGCUUCCUCUUCAGUGGGCAACAGCUCUCUUCCAAGUGCUGCAUUAUGUUCUUGACGAAGAGCCAAUCGCUUUCUGGGUCAGGUGCUUGUGCAGCAUUCCAUUUCACCUUCUGUAGCAGAUUUUUCAUUCGAGGAUAAUCCCCUUUCCAUACAUUUCUUUCCUCAGCAGUUCGCAUUUCGGGUACAGAAAAAUGACUAUACUCCCAAACUAGAACGCAGUGGUCACUUCGGCCAGGGGGCGUGUGCGAUUCCAAUCCGAGAAUGCAACUAUCAUCUCUAGUUAUGAUGAGGUCCAAACAAAUGGACUGCUGUGCAUCUCUGAAUCGAGUAUCCACUUAAACAUGUUGGGUAAGGAACUCAUUUGUGAUCAGUUGAAUGAAUUUCUGUUCGAAGGAGUUUUCAAAUCCCACUCUGUGUCUGGACAGUUGAAGUCACCAAGUAGCUUCAUGAGUUUGCUUCGACAAAUUUCUUUUAUCUCGGUGAUAAGUGCAUCGUCCGCAUACGUCCGCUGGCUUAGCGGUCUGUAAACCAGGGUCAUAUGGAGGCUUGGAUGAUUUGGCACAUUCAAGUAACAACUGAGUAUUUCACAAUCAGUGUGCCGAAAUGGGGAAGACUCGACCCUGACGUAGUCGAUGCCAUCUCGUAUAACUAUCGCAAUCCCCCCACAUCUUCGUUCGUUUCGGUCCAUUCGGAGAAUCUGGAAACCAUCUAGCAUAACUUCCGCGUCGUUUCUCUGCGCAUUUAACCGUGUUUCAGUUAAAGCUAUCAAGUCGGGUUGGAAAUGGGUCACAGUGAGUUUUAUUUCAUCCAAUUUGUUGAAUAAACUCUGCACAUUUCUGUACAUCAUUUUUAUUUUAUUCGGCCAUUCAGGUCUCUGAAAAUUGUUUGUUGGUGCUUUUGACUGAUAUUUAUUACUGCAUAUUUCACAUGGCGUGCCAAGUCCACUAGUCGAUUUUGAAUUUACUUAAGUUUGUCGGAACCAAGCACGGGUGCUUUUACCGUCAAUGUCACCAGAUGAUUCCACAAGAAGGAACGCUCUAGUUUUACAGUUUGGUUGUUUGCUAUUUUCAGAUUCACUUCGUCCUCGCCCUGACGUUUUCUCAGUUCAGCUACCAGCGUCCUCAUUUUUAUCCGUUCGAUUGGAAGAUAGUCCGGCUGAAAAAAACACUCCACAAUGGUUGCUUCGAAGCCUGGACUUUCGCGACAAGAUGAGAUUUGCUUGCUGUUCAUUUCCCAAUACUACUUUUAGUGCUCUUUGCCGCACUUUCUCUGUGCUGUUUCUAACUAAAGUCCCAAACGGAAGAUAUUUUGGAUUUCGAUGACCUCAUCGGGUUCUUGCGUAUCAUUGAAUAGGUUUUGUAAUGUCAGCAGAUCGUGUUUCACCUUCUCUUUCGGGGUGUCACCAGGUGCUUCAGGACCUCCUUGCACUACGACACAACAUGAUCUCUCGGGGAGAAAACUGGUGGUUGUAUCUUGCCCUCUUUUGCUGGCGGUAGAUUGAGUAGCAGGUUCUGGGACUGCCUUUAUGGCUGUAUCCAGAUCAGUUGCUAAGUUGCUCGCGUCCGUGAUAUAUGCCGUAACGUCUUUAUUUGGCUGCCUCACCUGACUUUUUUACAUUAUAGCUUGAUACACAUGUGAAGGGCAAACUGCUAGCGCUCUUUGUUGGAGUAAGUAAGUCCACACGAUUACUUCCUACAGGUUUUUUUGGGGUUGUCGACCGUUGUUUUGUUUUGGCCCAGACGGACUCUGCAUGAUCCAUAUUUGUCAAAUUUAUGGAAAUGCGAGAGCCAGUUUCAUCUCUGUCUGUCUUUUUUUAUUUCCAUCCUUUUCGGUUGACUCCGAAGACUUGUUUAAUGGCUUAGUGCGUUGACUCUAGUUUCGCUGAACACGCGACGUCUAUAACCUUUUACCGUUUUUUGAGGUUCAUGUGGUCCGGCUCAUUCUCGUUUUUCAUGCCCUUUGUAUCGUGUUCAGGGGGUUUAAUUUUGUUAUACUUGAGAAGUUACGCUAUUAUUUCAGUGAGGAGGUCGAAAUCUACUUCUAGUUUUGAAACUCUGGUGGUGAAUUCUCGACAUCCAUCACAGCGUGUCGACAUUUCAGUAUCUAGUUUAUUUGUGGCUGACAUCAGCAGUGAACUGCGUUCUUCAGGGUUGGUGGUCGGUGGCCCAUCACGUCCAGAUGAGAGCGAGUCAAGCAUUUCCGACAAAUUUUUAUAACAGGAAAUAGAAAAUGGUUUACAAAUAAGUGAUAGAUCGCCUUUUCCUGAGUCUAUAUUAUUUUCGUGGACGCUCGGCCGUCCGGGGCGUGGCCGAGUGGUUAAGGGCGUUAGUCCUUGCAUGAAUGGUUCGUGGUUCGAAUCCCGGAUGAGGCGAACUCUUGGCACACAUAGUCGUGGACAUUUGCAUUCUCCAUGCUAGCAAGAUAUCUUUAAGAUUGCAUUAAGUUUUAAUGGGCGACUUCAAUUGCUAAGUGGCUACUUUACUGAGCACAAAGUAAAGCUUUUUUCCAAACGGAAUUCAGUAUAAAUGUCAAUUGGAAGCAAAGAACGACUUAGCCUUCGCAGACAGGUUCUAAGUAGUCUUUGCUUUCUGCCGGUUUUCGAGCACUUCGUCGACGGAAGGUUAAUUUCGGAAGCACGAUGGAGUUGUUAUUCGUAGAAAUUUGAACUAAACCGAGCUAUAUGCUUCGGUAAACUCCGGAUUUUGGUUUUCUGAGAGCCCCGUAAAGGAUGAAGAUAUCGCCGGUAAUGUGAUCCGUGAAAGCGAAGGUUACUUGCACUUUUAAACCGAGUUCUCGCUUUAUUUCUAAAAGGCGUAACUCCGGGCAGAGACGGAUGAUCGAAAUGUCGUAACUUGGGAAGACGUAUUUUGAAGUGGAUCACAACCAUGACUUUAUGUGAACCUAAAAGAUCGGAACGGCAAGAAUUUUUAAGGAAAAUGGCUUACAAAACUUUCAAUGGCAAAGCUCUAAUUCUCCAAAAAGUUUAUUUGGUUACAACUCCUUAACCUGUGCGCUUUACUACAAGAGCAUGAACUGGCUCCGCGUGCUCAGAUUAUGAGUCCACUAGUAGUUCGGCCGGCCAGCAAAGAAAUUUCAUGGUUGCAUCUACCGCGCUUUGAUGACCGCCUCAGCAUUUCAUGCCACUCCUCGACUGGGCUCUAAGCAGGCUGUGACCGAUCGCGUUUGGGCUCCUCUCGUCUCGCCACCUUGACGGCUGCUUCUAUUGUCAACACAAAAUAUUAUGAUCGCAUCUGCUAAGAAUAGCCUCGUCCAUUUUAUGAAUUAGACCUUGACGAUUUCCGUUUCGAAGCCUUGCGUAUUACCACAUGCAGGACCGUCCCGCCCGAUCCGCGUAUUUGCCUUCCAUUAACGACAAUGUUUUCCUACUCAAAGACUUAUCCAAUCACAUUCACUUUGCCUUUUUAAAAGAAUGCAGGAGUUGUUUUCAUUGUUCCCUGACCAUUUCUAAUGUAAGGCUGCCCUUUUUCUAAGUGCGAAAUGAACACUGCAGAGUGUCUACCUACCUGUUCUAAAAUUUAUUUAAAAACCUGUUUUUAUUUUUGCUUACUAUGAGCGUACCUCUAGGGAUACUGAAUAAAACGGGUUGCAUGUUCAUUUAUUUUUCAAAUCUUAAAUGUCAAGUGUCGACUUCAGAACUUAAACAGGAUUUAAACUGGGGAAUUUUUGCCCUAUCCGUUAGUGCUAAUUUUAGUUUAAGCCUGUGCUGUGAAGAAAUUAGCUUGUUUAGCAUAUUACUAGGUCAUGUCGACAAUAUUUCGGGGGACAAAUUACUCUUGUAGCUCUCCAGUUGUUUUGACACUGUGUUUUGCACAAAUUUCGGAUAGUCACUGUGUGUCGAUUUCAGCAAACAAAUGUGUUCUCUGGAAGGGUGUGAGUAGUCGCACGUGCGGCUACAGGCAAUUGUGCACUUCUGUAUUCUCUUUAUUACUAAACAAGUGCUUUUGCACACAAAUAAAAAAAUCGCGCAUUUACUGUGAUGUCCAAACCGACGUCCUAUCUUUCACCUUUAUUCGCAUCCAGAGUGCUUUGAUCUCCUGUCCUUAGAUUCUUUUAUUUGCCUGUAUGUUAUGUUGCGGUUAAUUAUUUGCCUUCGUCGCAUCCUGAGGCUAAAGUGGCAGGAUCGAAUCCCCGACACUGAUGUGCUUGAACGGACGGGAAUCCUCAGCAUCUACGCCAUACUGAGGCAAAUGCAGCUGCGCUAGAGCGGCCACCUGGUGCGCAUGGACGACGAGCGACUACCCAAACGACUCUUAUACGGAGACGUCGCGACGGGUUCUCGCCGUCAAUGAGGCCAGAUUCGCCGUUACAAGGAUACCCUGAAGUCCUCCCUGAAAUGCCUGCAAAUCAACCCCACCAACUGGGAGGAGCUCGCACUCGAUCGACCGACCUGGAGGAGGACAGUGAAGACAGGCGCUGCGAUCUACGAAGCCAACCGCAUCGCUGCCGCCAAAGUGAAACGUGAAGCCCGCAAAUCACAACUUCGCCCAGUAAGCAACGCCGCCGCACAACCGCUUCCAACGUGUCCUCGAUGUCAACGGACAUUCCGGGCUCGAAUCGGACUUGUUGGACAUCUUCGGAUUAACUGCGCCUCUCAAACGGCAGCAACCAUCGUCCCCCGCCUGCCUCUUCCGCCUCAUCUCCGCCGCCAACUAACCCUGACAAUUCUUCUGACCCACCACUUCCAUCAUCCUCCUCCUUCUCCUCCCCCUCCUCCUCCUCCUCGCCCACUGCUCCCACGGCGACCACUCAGGCGACUGUCCCGCGGACAGCAAGCGACACUACCACCACCUCCCCCGACUCCAGGGAAGAGGAUCAGGACUACACCUGCCCUCACUGCGACCGUACCUUCACCUCGCACAUCGGCCUGGUCGGUCACUUGCGAAUCCAUCGCACAUAG